UGUUUUCAUUAACUUCAUUACUUUCAUUAAAAAUUAACAAUUAACUUUCAUUAAAUUAAACAAACCUAAAUUCCAAACACAAUGGCCGAUGAUGAUGAUAAACCUAAAAAACAUACUUUAGAGUCGCUGUUUCAUCUGUAUGCCAAUUACAAUGUUGUUACAUUCGAUUUAGAUAAUGUGGACUAUGAUUGUAUAUUGUUAUCCCAAAUUGAUUAUUGGCUGGAUCAAGCGAAAUUACUGAAAACCACAUUCAGCUUAACCGAAACUGGCUUAGCGUACAUGAAAUUUAAAAAAUGGCGCUUGGAUUAUGAAGAGUUUCAAGAAUUUUUGGAAUUUAUAUGUGCUGACAAAAACAUUACAGUGGACGAUGUAAAGGCCAUGUUAUUGGAAACUGGAGUCCCUGGAGCUGGCGGUGAUACUGUGAUGGUGGUAAAAUAGGUAGAGAGAAUACUUUAAGAUUUACAAAAUUAUUUGUUGUGGAUCAUAAACUAAUAUUUUGUUUAAAACAGAGUCUAGUUUCAAUUGUAGCCCCCAUUAAUAAAAAAUUCUAUAGAUAAGUGUGUUUUUUUAAUCUUAUAUUUCUUUAUUUACAAUAAAUGGUAUCGUAAUUGUAAUAAUAAUCGAUCUAAAUAUAAUUUAUA